CAGAGGGCAGCGGCAGUCAAUCGAGCAGGGGACUGACCCGCUGUUCAGCCGGGAGAGGAAGCUCACUCCGCGGGAUGGGGGCAAUGGGGAGAGGGAGCUCGCUCUUCUUCCUGCUCUUCACAGCCCUCGACCCCGGGGCGGUGCGGGGGGAAGCGGUCCGGAAUUUCGACGCAUGCACCUGGUUCUUUCAGGGCAAAGUGCCGCCACAGGGGUUCCCCGCGAGAAGCCGGGUCAGGAUCUGCCAGAUAUACAGGAACCACUCCCACUUUGCCACCCUGUACAACACCGAGCUGCGGAUCCCGGUCUAUUCCGCUUACAGGUACCCCUGCAGCAUGGGCGAGAGUCCGGGUUACAGACCCAGCCCCUGGUUCUAUGAACCGCAGAUCGAUGAUCAAAACGCUGCAGCUUCAAUGAAAAGGAGUAGUACAUUUCCCAGUGACAAGCAGGCUGUGGAUGAUGAUUACCAGGACUCGGGCUAUGACAGGGGCCAUCUCUACCCAUUUGCGCUAAAUGAGAAGGAGAGUGCCACAGCCACUUGUACCCUCACUAAUGCAGUGCCUGAGAUGAAUGCAGCCAAUGUCAACUGGUACCAAGAGGCAGAAUCCAUUGUCCAGAAGUUGGGACGGAUAUGCCACAAGUCCGGCCGGUCCACGUAUCUGGUGACGGGCGCUGCCAAUCCCACAGGAAUCAAAAUGAAGAACAGGGUCUCGGUGCCUGGGCUGGUCUGGACAGCUCUUUGCUGCACUUUCCCACAGGAUCAGAAUAACGAUCCCUGUCUAAAUGACAAUGUGGGUACAGAGGGGCAGGAUGUGCUAACAUACAAUAGAGACUUUUCCAUUGCAUUCAUGAAAUCGAUGAUUCCAGAAAAAAACACAGUGCGUGUGACUGUGAGAAAGCUGCAGAAGAAACUGCGAGUGGACAAGUUGUUUGACAAAUGCAGGGGGACAAGCAUAAACGAUGAAAUGCAAGUCUUAGAGGAAGUGGAAGGGUUGAUUCAGAAUAAAAUAAUUAAUCCCGGAAACACAGGAAGUUCCCCAUUGCGACCGUUCGGCUAUGAGGCGGCUGUGGGAAUCUUCCAAUUCAUCUCCUACAAGUUCCUGGCUCCUGGUCAAGCCAUGGCGCAAGUGGUGAUUGGCGGCGUGAAAGAGGUCGCCAGGGCUAUCGCUCCGGUUUUCCUCGGUAUCAUCACGGUGUUUGGAGUUCUCGCUGUAAAUGUGCUCGGCGUCCUCCUCAAUAACACUGGCUACCUUGCUGACCCUUAACUGAAGUUAGGGCCAGUGUCCUCUGUGUCGCCAGGUCCUGGUGUUGUAAACUCCAGGGUUUGGUACCAUGAGCAAAUCUGUGACUGGUGGGCAGCUAAUGAUUACCAGGAACCCCAUGAUAAUCUUUUAAAUGAAAACCAAAUCAACAAAAUUGGAGGAACCCCAUGAUUGUGACAUUGCUCAGAAACAUUAAUCAUUACAGAGUCAGCAGGCACUUAGCAACGCUUUUAAUUUUUAACAGAAUCAAGGGGCAAACUACCAAAACCUCCUUAUCAAUUCAGAAGGACUUUGAUCUCAGUAACAUAAACCAUCAUGAUAAAAGCAAAAAAACUGCGGAUGCUGGAAAUCCAAAACAAAAACAGAAACAAAAACAGAAACAGAGAUACCUGGAAAAACUCAGUAGGUCUGAAAGCAUCGGCGGAGGAGAGCAC